GCGUCACGGACUCAUCCGAUUUAUUUAAUCAGCGCAGCAAAAUAACCGAACAGUGUACUUAUAAAUCUCAGCCGCAUGUUGCCAACAAAAUCAGUUCAAUUUUGAACAUCACGAGCGUUGAAAGCAAUACUUCUGCUAUACUUUACGAUUUCUUACAAGUGCAUACAAAUGUAUGACCGGUCAUUUGUUAAAUUUUUUAUAUUUAACACAAAAGUGUCGAUUUACUAAUAGUAAACUAAUUUACGCAUACUCAAGCGAAUAACAGUGUCAAAUAAUAUUUUAAACAAAAAAGUUCUCCAAGUGCGGAAAAGACUAUACUUUUUUGUUAUUGUUUAAGACAAAAAAACGCUUGAAUGGUGGUUAUAAAAAGUGACGAAUAUCCAAAUAUAAUACUGAAUCUGCCAAGAAAACGAAAUUGUUUACAAGACUUAUUAAAAAGUGACUUUACAGUUCACAGCGAAUCGAAUUUCACUGAAAAACACGUUAUUUGUGAUAUACUAAACAAUUGUGAAGACUGUUCAAAAAUGGCCGCUUUGCCACAAGGAGCUUUUGCUGCAUGCAAAUUGCGCGAAUUAAAUGAUAGGGAUUUACUGAUAGCUCGCAUGAAGAGCAACGCUGAUAAAAACGAAAGCAAAAAUAUGAAUACUAAUAAAAAAUUGACUGAGUAUACACCGGCAAAGUAUAAUGAUAAGUUGAUGAAUUCAAUUUGGGGUUUCUACAAUCGUUAUUCUCCCCACAAUAUCAAAGGCAACGAAUACGAAUUUUCGGAGAAAGACUAUAUUAUGCAACAGCAUAUUGCUGUUGCAUCCUAUGCCAUUGCUGAAGAUUUAGCAAUGGCUCUACGUUCCGGCAAGGAAUGGGACUUACGUGAGAAGUAAAGCAAUGCUUGUUUUUAAUAUUGCUGAAAAUCUGGCGCAAAACGUUUUUUUUUUAUAAUUUUCAAUAUUUAAAAAAUAUGAAUUUAUAUACUCUUAUAUAUUUGUAUAUAUUCACUAUGUUAAAUAAUUAGAAAUUUUACAAAUUGAUAUAUAAACGAAAAUAUAUUCUAAAAACAUA